AUGGCAUCACCCCAGCUAAGGCUACCAGGAGGCUUUGAGAGCUCUAGCUCUCUUAUGAGCAUCCUGGAGAUCACCAAAGAGUCACUAACUGAAGUCCCACAAUGUUACGUCCGUAGUUUCGAAGAACCAGAACUUUCAUCUGAUCUCUCUGAUAAGCCCACCGUAAUCCCAACCAUCGAUAUGAUAAAACUAGUAACGGGAUCAGAAGCUUCAGAUUCUGAACUGGAAAAUCUGCGCUCAACUUGCAAAGAGUGGGGAAUCUUUCAGUUGGUGAACCAUGGAGUUAGCCCUAUGCUUUUGGAGAAGCUGAAGUACGAGGUUGAAGAAUUCUUUAAGCUUCCCUUGGAAGAGAAAAUGAAGUAUCAAAUAAGGCCUGGUGACGUUGAAGGCUAUGGAUCCAUAGCCUAUAAAGAGCAAAAACGUGACUGGGGUAAUAGAUUCUACAUGACCAUGAACCCUGUUCAUAGGAGAAAGCCAUACCUCUUCCCAGAGCUCCCUUCAUCCCUCAGGAAUACCUUCGAGUCAUACUACUUGGAACUGAAGCAACUAGCCAUGGAACUAAUUGGGUUUCUGGGGAAGGCUGUGAAGAUAGACAUAAAAGAGACUGAGGAGAUGUUUGAAGAUGGGAUGCAGUCAGUGAGGAUGAAUUACUAUCCUGCAUGCCCACAACCAGAGCUGGUCAUCGGCCUCACACCUCACUCGGACGCUUCCGGGAUCACCAUCCUCCACCAGCUUAACGGGGUGGGUGGUCUGCAGAUUAAGAAAGAUGGGGUUUGGGUUCCUGUCAACUUCUGUGAAGAUGCCUUUGUGGUUAAUGCAGGGGACAUCUUUGAGAUCCUCAGCAAUGGAGUGUACAAGAGCAUGGAGCACAGAGCUAUGGUGAACUCUGAGCAAGAGAGGAUCUCAAUCGCUAUGUUCUUCAACCCCAAAUUCGAGGCAGAAAUUGGACCAGUGACCAGCUUGAUAACCCCAGAAAACCCACCACUGUUCAAAAGGAUUGGGAUGGAACAGUACGUCCAAGAUUUCUACACCCGCCGUAAGCUCGACGGGAAAUCAUACUUGGACCAAAUGAGGCUCCAGAAUGGGAAUUGAGUAAUACUACUGCUGUACUGCAUGCUUAGUUCCACGAUAUAUCCAUAUAUAUAGUUUGCUUCACUACUUUCAAAUAAAGCGUUCCUUGAGUAUAAUACCAACGCUGCAGUGUAAAAAUACCAGUCUUAAGACUUAUUAUGUAAUUUAUGUAUGGUAUUGCAGUAUUGCUGUUUGAUGUAUAACUUAAUUAUUGUA